AUGGGAAUUUACUUGGACGACAACCUUUCAAAGCAAAGAAUCUACCAAAACAUCGUUUCUAAUUUUGUUGGUUAUGGUCUUGUGCAGGGCUCUGGGAGGUCUAACAUUAUUUAUAAAAACAAAUUUUAUAAUCGUGAUAGUGGGUAUUCGGGAGAUUCUAGAGGACCAAGAAGGUAUCACACAACUCCAAACAUGUUCUACAAUUUACUGGACACGAUGGUGAACAAUGGAGUUGAUAGAUAUACGUCUCCGUGGAAAGACCAAUUUCCUGAAUGGGCACUGUUACCAAAAACGUCGGAAGAGUUGAUGAAAGAAGAAAAUAUUCAUUGGCUAUUAAUGAAGAACACUGAAAUAUACCGUAACAAUUUUAUAUAUUAA